CUUGCGAGUACAGACGGAACGUUUGUUUGUAGGAACCAUUCACACAGAAUUGCGACGUGCUACACGGAUUUAUUUAGUAAGCCCACUCAGAGGUGCAUGGAUGGUUUGUUCUUCAAUGUAUUUCAGCAAGAGCUGAUGCAUGUUUUCGGCCUUUAGCUGUUAUUGGACUGCAUGUAGAUGGAGGGACCAGACGCAGAGGCAGAAGUGCGACUUGAGUUGAACCGGCAUGUCAGAACUCUUUGUACAUCAGGGGAUGCUGUGGAAAUGAUAGAGACCCUUAAGUUACUGACCCGUUACCUGUGUGAUGGGCCAAACACCGAGGUCUCCGAAACACUUAUGAAAGAGUUCAACCGGGUGCAUUAUACCAGGAUUUUAAAGUUCCUCGCCAGUAACCUCCAAGCUGAUUGGCUGCAGCGGCUCAAUGCCUCUCAACACCGUGAACUCUGGGAUAGGUUUUUCCUAUGUGGUCCACCAGACCAAUCAAUGCUGGUACUCAUGGACUGCAUUGGUACUCUCAGUCAAAGUUCGGGUCAGGACAAGGUGGUGGACGUCCUUGAGCAGUACCUUCAGACUGGCCGUCUGACAGAUCUGCUGUGGAGUCGGUGCAAAGGGUCUAACUCCUCAGACUCCCCACAGCUCAGAGAGAUACUUCUGGGACGCCUGGUGUCUUUACCGGAUAUCACUGCCAACCACUUACAUCCACACAACAGACCUCUCUUCCUGCCAGACUACUACUACCCCCUUCUGGCCAGGGAAAUGAAUUGCGCCCUGGAAAAGACCUGCAGGGCUCUGAGAGGUGGACAGGAUUGUUCCCUGAGUUUUGUAGCAGAGCUGUUGGGGAAAGCUUGCAUACAGGGACAUAGCAAGCUGGUGUUUCGGGAGCUGGCACCGCGCCUCUGUGCCAACACUCGCUCCGACAUGGUGUGGCAGCGUGUGUGCUGGCGGCUCAUGGAGAAUGUUCCGGAGCGCUGGAUGGAGAGCGUGGUCGUGGGGCUUGUGCAGGCCGUGGACGGACCAGAUGCCCUGUCCAGGAUCAUGGGGAAUCUGGUGGUGAAGAAUAAGAAGGUCCAGUUUGUGGUCACACACAAACUGCUGCUCUUACAGUACAAGUACGAGGCCAAGAGCCGCGUCCUGAGGACCCUCCUGGGAUACCUGGCACGGGACAGGGAGCGCCGGCCGCUCCUCUCUCAGGUGCUGCGGGCGCUGUGCCAGGCCUGGUCCAGCAGCAGUGCAGUCAAACACACCCCCCUUGAGCAGCAACUCUACGUGAGCCGCUGUCUGCUGUUAUGCGUAGGUCUGCUGGAUGACCGCGAGCUGGAGGAGCUGCGGGCAGAUUUGCGGCAAUGCAUGCUGGGAGGGAUCCAGUGCCGCCUGGACAGCGCCGUGGUGCAGAUACGGCGGAUCGGCAUGGUGGUCGGCGAGUGCCUGAGCUCCCGGCUGGAUGCCGGCGGGACCCAACUGAAAUUCGAGUAUGACGAUGAUGAGGAGAUUAGGGAGCUGCUCUCCAUGAUGGACCCCCAUGUGCCCGAGGAGGCCGUACCCUCGGAGGAGGUCGUCCCUGCUGACAGACCAGGGAACCAGUGCGCAGAGCAGAAGGAGAGUGCCGGGUCACGCGGGCGGCCAGGCUCACCGCUGAGCUCGUCGCCAGAGCAUGAUCCGGAGGGUGACGGGGGGUCAGGCUCAGAACUGGACAGCGAUGAUGAGCUCGCCCCCUACGACAUGUCUGCCGAUCAGGAGAUGCCCACUGCCGCUCCCCCCCGGUACCUGCGGGAUUGUUUGGAGGCCCUCAUGUCCUCUAAGGACGCCGCCCGUGUGGAGCUCAGCCUGCGGGCCGCAGAGGGUCUGGUGCGGCGGAACAUCUCGGCGGCCAGGGAGGUUGGUGUAGAGCUCAGCAAAGUGCUUCUGCACCUGGAGGAUUCGUACUGCAUCCCCGACUUCCUUGCACUACGGCGGGGGGCCAUGGUGGCCCUUGUGGUCACCGACACCGUCCCUGUAGUUGAGUUCCUCACCACCGAGUUCUACGCUGUGAAUUACAGUCUGCGGCAGCGCCUGGAUGUCCUGGAGGUGCUCGCCCUGUCAGCCCAGGAGCUAUCCCAGCCAAUCAUAGAGCAGGGCCGGCCUCCCCGGGGGGCUCAGCCCAUCAGUGUGGUGAAACCCCUCGACCAGAAUGCCCCGCCUCUGCACUGGAGGCAGGUGGUGGAACAGCGCAUUCAGAGCAAGACCCGGCGCUUUGCUAAAGGUGCUGCCUCUGCUACCGGCACGGCUGCUCCCAGCCGCUAUGCUCCUCUUGCUGGCUGCUUCUUCUUCCCGUUGCUGUGUAACUAUGACAGGCCGCAGGUGACCUUUGACCUCAUGGGGAGUGACCACCUGGUGCUGGGGAGGCUGGUGCACACGCUGGGCCUGCUGACGCACCUGGCGGUAAACGCGCCGGUGGCCACUCAGAUGGGCAAGGCUCUACUGGACUUUGUGUGGAAUGUCCGUUACCAUAGCGACCAGGUGGUCCGGCAGGGCGUCCUCUUCGCAGUCUGUGCCGUUUUCCUCACCAUGCCUGCCCAGCACCUGCUGCCGGAGCUCAGCGAUCUGCUGCCGGAGACGAGGGCCUGGCUGGCAGACAUGGUGGAGGGAGACCCAGACACAGACUGCCGCAGCCUGGCUGCCCAGGCCCUGGCCCUGCUGGAGAGGAGCCUCAGGGUGUCCCUGGAGGUCCCGGCCGAGGCCCCCCAGGCCUGAAGCGAAAGGACGCCGCGGGGGUCCUGCUUUCAACGCGGCUCCCACCCGCCUCUUCAAACGGGGACAGAACAAAGAGAGCGGAAGACGGAGGACAGAAAUAGAGCAGGAAUUUGGUGGGGAGGGGGGACGUUUUUCUCAGCAUCUUCUCAGAAAUCUGUCUCCUUCACAGGUGUGAGGAAGCUGUGUGAUCCCCCCCCCACCAUGAGCCGACGUCACCCUCCCUUAGGAAUCGCACAGCUGUAAUGCUGAUUUUAUGCUCAGAAAAUAUAGCGGCAGUGAAACUGAAAGUAAUAUUUAGACAUGAGAUCACACACGGCUCUAAAGCAACUCGCUUGUUUCAUUGCUUUGUUGUUAUUUAUUGAGCGUCCACUCAGCUGUAACUAUGCUGAUUACAGGUAUUGUACUUUACUUUUGAAUAAAAAGUUCUUCUCAGGACUGUAAUAAAGCUAAA